AAACAGCGUCGUGCCGUCAGUGAGUAAGAACCAUUCUCCUGAAUUCUCGCUUGGAAAUUUAAGUUAUCUUUAAAGCUUUAAUUUGUUAUUGCAGAUUGUGAAGGUACUUGGACGUAAUUCAUACUGCAGUUGUUUCUUCAUAGUUGAGGUUGAAAGUUUUACUAGAAUGAAAUUGCUGUGCUCAGUUUCUCCUACUGUGCAGUCUCCAUUUCUGCUGUGUUAAUUUACCAAGAGCUAGAAGGAAAAUAAUUUGUUAAUUUAAAAUUUAAACAAAACCUAACUUUACACAGAAUUCUCCACUUUGAAAUAUGAAGCAGGUAACGGGUAGCUUGUCAUAAUUCAAAGCAGGAUCUGAAAAGUCUGCCAUCUAUCAUACUGCUUCAGUUACAGGGAGGGAAAGUGGGAGCAGGACAUGAAGGUUGAGGAGCUCUGUUACUUCUGAAUUCUCCUUAUUGUUUUGAUUUAAAAUAGCAUCAGACACCAUUUUUAAUUAUUCAAAAAUGUUUCCAGAAUAUUUCUGAAAGACUUUUGGUUGGUAAUUUUACAGCAUUGUUACAUCUCAGUAGGGAUGAUUGAUUGCAGGAUGACUGUUCUGUAAAAGUAUUGAUAAUCUGCCUUAGGACCUGGAUUCCAAAUGAGGCCUUUAGCAGAGGACGUGACUCCCAGGGUAAUUGUAGGAAAUUUUGUAUAGAUUACUUUAUUACUUUGCAUAGAUUAUUUACCCUUAUUCUUCUGGGUGGAGGGGCCACUUUGUGGUAUUCGGACAAAAUGUAAAUAGUUCUUAAUCCCUCUGAAUGCAUUUCUAUUCACGUUUUAAUGUGCAUGAUAAAACAUCAGAAACUCAGAAGUAAAGUCUUCUUAUGGCAUCUACACAGAACAGGCUUCAAUGUUGUAAAGGACCUAAAAAAUCAUUUAAUUGUGUACCUACCUAUUUCUCAAGUCCCUUCUCUAGGACCCUCCUGUUUCCUCUUGAACACUCUGCCUCGUGAGGCGAGGGUUAAAUCCACCACACAGGGUGAAAUCUAUCUCCAUGACAACAUUCACACAACAGGAAAUUGAGUUUCUACAAAAACAUGGAAAUGAAGUCUGUAAACAGAUUUGGCUAGGAUUAUUUGAUGAUAGAUCUUCAGCAAUUCCAGACUUCAGGGAUCCACAAAAAGUGAAAGAGUUUCUACAAGAAAAAUAUGAAAAGAAAAGAUGGUAUGUCCCACCAGAACAGGCCAAAGUGGUGGCAUCAGUUCAUGCGUCUAUUUCAGGCUCCUCCGCCAGUAGCACGAGCAGCACACCUGAGGUCAAACCACUGAAAUCUCUUUUGGGAGAUUCAGCACCAGCCCUGCACCUAAAUAAGGGCACACCUAGCCAGUCCCCUGUUGUAGGCCGCGCUCAAGGGCAGCAGCAGGAAAAGAAGUUUGACCUUUUAAGUGAUCUGGGCUCAGACAUAUUUGCUGCCCCAGCUCCUCAGUCAUCAGCUACAGCCAAUUUUGCUAACUUUGCACAUUUCAACAGUCAUGCAGCUCAGAAUUCUGCAAAUGCAGAUUUUGCAAACUUUGAUGCAUUUGGACAGUCUAGUGGUUCGAGUAAUUUUGGAGGUUUCCCCACAGCAAGUCACUCUCCUUUUCAGCCCCAAACUACAGGUGGAAGUGCUGGAUCGGUAAAUGCCAGUUUUGCUCAUUUUGAUAACUUCCCCAAAUCCUCCAGUGCUGAUUUUGGAACUUUCAAUACUUCCCAGAGUCAUCAAACAGCAACAACUGUUAGUAAAAUUUCAACAAAUAAAGCUGGUCUUCAGGCUGCAGACAAGUAUGCGGCACUUGCUAAUUUAGACAAUAUCUUCAGUGCUGGGCAAGGUGGUGAUCAGGGGAGUGGCUUUGGGACCACAGGUAAAGCUCCUGUUAGUUCUGUGGUUUCGGUUCCCAGUCAGCCAAGUGCAUCUUCAGACAAGUAUGCGGCUCUGGCAGAACUAGAUAGUGUUUUCAGCUCUGCAGCCACCUCCAGUAAUGCAUACACUUCCACCAGUAAUGCUAGCAGCAAUGUUUUUGGAACAAUGCCAGUGGGUGCUUCUGCACAGACACAGCCGGCUUCUUCCAGUGUGCCUGCUCCAUUUGGAGCUACGCCUUCCACAAACCCAUUUGUGGCUGCUACAGGUCCUUCCGUGGCAUCUUCUACAAAUCCAUUUCAGACCAAUGCCAGAGGAGCAACAGCGGCCACCUUUGGCACUGCAUCCAUGAGCAUGCCUGCGGGCUUCGGUACUCCUGCGCCCUAUAGUCUUCCCACCAGCUUUAGUGGCAGCUUCCAGCAGCCUGCCUUCCCAGCCCAAGCAGCUUUCCCUCAACAGACGGCUUUUUCUCAACAGCCCAAUGGUGCAGGUUUUGCAGCGUUUGGACAAACAAAGCCAGUGGUAACCCCUUUUGGUCAAGUUUCAGCUGCUGGAGUAUCUAGUAAUCCUUUUAUGACUGGUGCACCGACAGGACAAUUUCCAACAGGAAGCUCAUCAACAAAUCCUUUCUUAUAGCCUUAUAUAGACAUUUUACUGGAACGAACUUUUAUGUGGUCACAUUACAUCUCUCCACCUCUUGCACUUGUCUUGUUUCACUGAUCUUAGCUUUAAACACAAGAGAAGUCUUUAAAAAGCCUGCAUUAUAUAUUAAACACCAGGUAAUACGUGCAGAACAGAGGGCUCCAGUAACAACUUUUAACCUGUGAGUUGGCAGGAAAAGGUAGUGGUAUCAUGUAUAUUAAAAAUUGGCUAAUAUUAAGUUAUUGCAGACACCACAUUCAUUACACUGCAGUACUGUACAUAUUUUUCUUAGAAAUUAGCUAUUUGUGCAUAUCAGUAUUUGUAACUUUUAACACAUUGUUAUGUGAAAAAUGUUACUGGGGAAAUAGAUCAGCCACUUUCAAGGUGCUGUCAUGUAUCGGAAUGGAUGACCUGAAUCAUUUGAACCCUUGCUACUGGAAGGUUACGAAGUCAGAACUGGAAGGUUUUAUUCGGUCUGGAAUUUUUCCCUUCUGAGGAGCGCGUCUGUUUAUACGCGCCUGAGUUCUUUAGAGACGUGGGAGGAUACCUGUCUGCGUAAUGAAGCUGAUCAUGUUUUGCUACAGUUUGCAGGUGAAAAAAAUAAAUAUUAGAAAAUAUGCUAUUGUUUUUGUGUUCUUGCUGCAAUGCCUUUACCAAAGUGGCCUUAAAUAUGAGUAGUGAAUUGAGAACACCUUGAAUUCUUAAAUGAGAAUUUCAGAAGACUGCUAGUGACUAACUUUUAUGUCUAAAAGAGAAAAUUUUAUAAACAGGCCAUGUAGAAGAUGUAUUAAAACUACUAUGACUGCUAUGUUCAGGAAUAUGUCAGUGGUAAAGCAUUUAAGUGAAGCUUGUCAGAGUCACCAUAACCCUUCUAAUUUCUUUGCAACGUCUUAAUUUUGUGAAAUUUGUAUAUAUGAAGAAUUUGCAUGUAUGUGUAUUUACAAAUUUUUUAAAGUAUCUUGAAUUCUCAGACUGCAAAAGGCCUAUUUUAAAUAUUGAUUUAAAAUACUGUCUUUGAAUGUAUUGGAAGCAGACAUGCAUUAACUGUGACAUGAGUGCACCUCAGAUUCGUUUUCUUUGGACAAACUGAUACUAUUAAUAGGACAUUUGUUUAUGUUCAUCUCUGGGGCAAAGAAACUGGAACCCAGUGUUACCUUAAAGUUAUAGAAUACUUUGUUUAAAAAAGGCAAUGAUACUAAUGUUUAGUUAUAUCUUUUUGUUAAUAUUCAAAUGAACUUGUUUAAAUAUUUAUGUGCAGUAAUGCCUCAUUCAUCCAGAGAUAAUCUGGUGGUCUCAUCAAAACAACACAACUGGGAAACUUGGAAUAGUUUUUUGUUUUGUUUUUUAAUGCCUUUGCGCAACCUACAUAAGUCAUUAAGUCUAUGCUGAUUAUUUGACUUCCCAGCCCAUAGUAUAUUAGCAGUUCAGAAGUGGUGGCUUGAAAGGAAGGAGAUAGAAAAACUAUGAAGAGCAUACACUGUUGAAGACCAUUUAGUGUAAGGGGCAGCCAGCCAAGCCCAGGCCACUAAAUUACAUCAUCUUCUAAUAACUGUCUAUUCCGAUGGCUCUGUGUCAUCAAGAAAAGAUGACGUUACAUGUACAAAUAUGUAACACGUGUUUAUAAUGUUUUAUCUUACAAUGAUUAGAAAUUUUUUUUAAAAGCUUUGGUAUUAAAAGAGGUGAACAUCAGUUUCCUCAGACAUUUUAUUCAUGUUGAAUACCUUUUUCAGUGGCGGCUAUGUGAGUUAUCCUACUAUACUCAAUCUGUGUAGCGUGUUAGACUUGUUAAAACAUUGAUGUUCGUUGCAUAUCCAGCUGAAUGUGUGGUUUUUCUGACCCACUUUGAUAAGAAGACUGGGAGACCUCUGCCCCUUUUCUAAGCAGUAUGCCUCUUCUUUUAGAAUUAAAUGAAUGCUGCAAUGGUUGUGGUGUGUGUUGGUGUAUACUUGAAGUGUCUCUACAUUUGUGGGGUCUCCUUCCAGCCCCUUUUUCAUGGAACACUAAAGAAAUGUCUUUGAAUGUCUGUGUUUUAGAUUGUAUUGGGCCCCAAUCAAUCCAUAUGUACAAAGUUAUAAUAUAUAAUUGUAGGCCAUUACCCUAAUAACCUUCCAGGCUUUCCAUCUAAGAAAUAACUAAAUUAAACUGUUGUUAUUAAAAUAA